CUCUUUUUCAGCAUUCUUGGUCCCCAUGGUAACCAAACCACCCAGCAGUCCGCUUUAGGUUUCCCUCCCUUUGGCUGCUCGCCCUCCCACAAAGUUCGCUCCACUGAGUACAAAAACGCGGCGCCGUAACCCAGUGGAGAGUGCCUGUGAGGGAAAGGCUCUCUCUAAAGCGGGCUAUGCAGCCGACCUGAAGGGAGAAAUAAAGCACUUAAGAAAGUGCGGGAAGUAAUCUCCUCCUGGCCUCCCUUCUCCUUCCAUUGAAGUCGUGCUUUCCGCAUCUUGAGCUGGGGGCGGGGCCUGUGUUGCCAGGGUAACCACUUCGCGGCUAGAGGCGUCCGGAGUCGGUCGAGGAGCUCAACAUGAACAGGAAAAAGCUGCAGAAGCUCGCUGAGUCGCUGUGCAAAACCGCUAAGCACUGUGAGUGGAAGACGGGCCUUCCCUUCUUCACUCCCACCUCUUUAAUUGCUACCGUCAAUAAAUUUGAAGUGGAAUGUCUCAUAAAGCUUUUCAACAAUUUGGGAGUGGAGCCCAGUGACCGUCAUGCUGCGGUCGGUUUGGAUCGUAAUUCAUUUCGAAACAUCCUACAUGUUACAUUUGGUAUGACAGAUGACAUGAUUAUGGACAGAGUGUUCCGUGCUUUUGAUAAAGACAAUGACAGCUGUGUCAGUGUAACAGAAUGGGUAGAAGGUUUAUCAAUAUUUCUUCGGGGGACAUUAGAAGAAAAGAUGAAAUAUUGUUUUGAGGUUUAUGACAUGAAUAGCGAUGGAUAUAUUUCACGGGAAGAAAUGUUUCAUAUGCUGAAGAACAGCUUGCUAAAACAGCCAUCAGAAGAAGAUCCCGAUGAAGGAAUUAAAGAUUUAGUAGAAAUAACUUUGAAGAAAAUGGACUAUGACCAUGAUGGCAAACUUUCUUAUGUGGAUUUUGAAAAUGCUGUAAGGGAUGAAAAUCUCCUUUUAGAAGCAUUUGGACCAUGUUUACCUGAUAUGAAGAAUUGUGCCUCCUGACUAGGUGGGACAAGAAACCUAGGCAGAGAGAAGGCACAUGGUAACCCAGGAAAUCAAAUAUAUAUGACUGAGGCAGAAAUUUUUUGAAAGCUGAAAAAGAAAGACAAGCGCUUCCUCUCGCAGUUUGAUUGCAAUUCCUGCCUGUGGAUGACUGGCAGCACGCAAGAUCCUACCUUGACGGACUAUCAUCCAGGGAAAACAUGUAUAGCCAUGUCUAGCAGUAAUAUCUGUGAAUUCUACUUCUUACUUUUUUUUCCAGAAAUAUGCCUCUUAACUAGGUGGGACAAGAAACCUAGGCAGCGGGGGGGGGGGGGGAGAAAGAAGAGAGGUCGUCAUGGCAGGUGAAAUGUAGCUGGUACGAAGCAGCAGCCCUCUGUGAAAUGAUUUCAAAUGGUAUUUAUAUCUUUGGUUCAUGGAAUAAGAAAAAAAAUUCCCUCAAGAUCUCCUAAGCUCUAUUUUAAAAUUUACCUUAGGUCUCUCUUAAUUGUCAUUCACAAGAAGAUGACAGGCUAAGAGCUAUUUCAUGAGAUACAUUUUUAUACUUAAGAGCAGAUUCCCAUACAUAAUAAGCAUGUACAGCAUCAGUUAGGAAGGGCACCCAUGAACAAUAAUGUGUGGCAACACAAAAGAAGCCAACCAAUAGUUUUCUAGUCAACACUCAGCUGAGUUGAGAAAUGAAAAAAAGCUGCAACACACAGUUGGGCACCCUUAAGUCACAAAAACAAUAUGCAUAUAUUUUGUAUUCAAGAAUCAAUUCCAUUCACUAUUACUGUAUGAAAUGGCUCUUAAAUUGUAAUCCUACUUUUUACAGACAUGUUCUUAAAGUCCACUGAAAUCAAAGCAGAUUAUUACUGGGGUGUUAAUAUUCUAGCAUGAAGUGGUUUAUACUAGGGAUUUAAAACUGAAGUUAUGUCAACAUCAGUAUCUGUAUUAAGAGGAAUAGUUAUUGGUCACCUAAGGUAUUUGCAUAUCACUCUACAAGUUGUGUCACUAAUUUUUAGAACCAUAACAAAGGAGUAGCCCCCCUAAGAUAUGAACAAAAUUGUUUUUGCUAAUUUUUACACCAACUUACAGCCUUAAACAGGAAACGCCAGUAAACUAGAAACGUCUCCCCUUCAUUCUCCUCCCAAAUAGCUAUCCUUAAGGAAUCAAUAUAAGAUAUGUAAGGGCAGCUUUUCACUGGAAGUAAACAAAUGCUACCUAAUUUCAGAAUCACAGACCACAUAUUUUGAAAAUGUUGAAUGAGAGUUUACUACAGCAUACCUCCUUUAGUUUGUUACGAAUCAAGUUUGCUGAAGUAUUCAGUGAAUCAUCCUCCAUGUCUAUUUUAAGUGUUUCUGGUAACCUUGGACCAAUAAUUAUUUCUUCACUAUUAGUGUCUUUUCCAAAAAGGGCAAGUUUGUUGUCUUCAUCUCGUCUUCUCUUUCGUUCUAGCAGCUGAGUUGUUCGGGGCAUAAAUCUGCCAAGUCCAUUAUUCCGAGGAACCUUUCUUUGCAGAUUGCAGUGGGCUAAUGUGUUAUGAACUCCUUGCUGUAAGCUCUGAGUCUGGCUAAAACAUUCAGCUGUCUCAGCACAGUCACCAACAUUCUGAGGUGCUGCUAACACACUCUGACACUGCUGUCCUAAAAGAGAGGCCACAUUUCUCAGUGACAGUUCACAGCAGGAUGACUGGUGGUGAUCUGAAACAUGGGCAGAUGGAUUCCAGUUACUAGUGGCUGCCUCAAAUGUACAAGCUCCAGAAGCUUCUAGCUGUAUUGUCUUUUGAAAACUUUUCUUGGAGUUCUUCCUCAGUAACUGAUCUUGAAACAUAAAACAGAAGCAGUUAAUAUUUUGACUACCUAACAUUUUUACAAAAAAGGCUUUUAUGAGUACAACUGCAUUACAAUGGAAGAACUUAAAAUUAAGAUUGUAUUCCUAACUCAGCGUUCACAUUUCAAGAUGACUACUAGUUUGAGUUACUAUGAAAAUUUUCAGAAAUGAUGAUUGGCACUAAUGGGAACAUUCUGCAAAGGUAAAUAGUGUUCGGGGUGGCAGCAUUAUCACAAUCGCAGCAGGGAAGAAAACAGUCUGAAUGUUCCGUUCCACCUGCUGUGGUCCUGAUCCUGCUUUUUUUGGGGGGGUGCAGCAGUUAUUUGCAAUUCAAAAAAGUGCAUGUUAAAUGCAAAUAUGCUGAUGUCACCAUAGCUUGGCCAAGAGUUUACCAUGGUAGGAAUCAGGAUUAUAGGGCCAUGUUUGCUUUAUCACUUAGGUGUUUGGUGCCCUGUGCUCCUUUGGGAUUUAAUAUACAAGAAUAAUUUAAUAAAUAAUAACAACAACAAAGGCAAAGCAUAAGAAUGCAAAAACACUUUUCUACUAGACUGGGGAGCCAGUGGAAAGAUUCUCCUUUUUUCUCUCUAUGGCAAUUAAAGUAUUUCUUCCUGGUUAGACGGAUGGUUGGCAUCCUUUUAGGAUGGCAGCUUUAUACAUUUGUUCAAAGCACUGGAUUGUUUUAAUAAACUAAUAGUCCAACUGCAUGUUGCAGGAAUCUGUCACUAGUUAUGCUGUUUGCUUCUACUAUUUCCUUGCAGCACACCAUGCUGUGGUGGAUGUGGAGUAAUACAGUAUAGAUUCAGAUUUAACUGAAGUGUACAAACCUAAGAAAUUUCCUUUUCAAAAAUGUGUUCAGCCACAAACCUUUGCUACUAGUUGCUUUUGCUAUAUACUUCCUUCUGUCUUGCAGUUUCUCUCUGGUCUCCUGUACAGUCUCAAAUUCUGGAGCAUAGCACACAUGCAACAAACUGCCAAAGAAACUCCGUUCAUCCAGUUUUCUUUUGGCUACUCUAAAGUAUUAGAGUAAAGUAAAGAUUAAAGUUAUAGUCAGUUAUAGAGCCCAGUUGAAUAAGCAAACAUUUAAAAUCUCUUUAAGUUCUAAACUUAAAGUUCAGCUAUAGCAUUAGAAAGUUCUAAACUAAGUUCAGCUAUAGCAUCAGAAAAAUCAGUUUAAAUUGCAUGCAACUAGCUUGUGAAAAAAAAACUCCGCAUUGAACUACUAGAGAUCUAAAGUGGAAAUGAAGACAGGCUAUUAUUGCCAAACUAUUAAUACCUUGCACUCUGUAUUUUUUGAAACUUGAUCAGGUAGACUUCUGUAAAUUCUUCUGCUGGAUAGUCAUCUAGUGGAUUAUAUUCUUCAACGGUCCCAUACAAUGCAAACUGCUCAACUAAUUCCUUCAUAACACCCAAGGCAGGGACACCUUGUAUCAACAAGUAUCGAGAUUCUAAGUUGAUUGUGUACACCUAAAAAACAUAGCUGCAUUAAUACUUUGUGACAGAGAUGACUCAGUUACAAUCUCAAGUACUUGCUUGUUAACAUAUGCUUAAUAUUUAAGUUUGACAUGCUAUUUUGAACACAAUUGUUUGAAAAGACAGCACAUGCAACUCUACUGUAAAGCAAUUCAUUACAAUUCUUUGAACAUUACACAGUAGAAACAGAACUUGAUCAUUUAAACCUCCAUGUACGGUUGCCUGCUAUGGCCAAGAUCCAACAGAACAAGUCUAAUUUUUUUAAGCCAAUACUGUGCUGAAGUGUAUAAUCUAUCAAUAAACAACUUAUAUAAUGUUCAAACAAGAAAAAUGAAUAUUAGUUAUUGAGCAGUAUCCAAAUGUUAAUAAAUAACAAUAAGUAAAUAAUACGUCCUCUCUCAAGACCUAUUCCUUGCUUUAUUUGUAUCGUAUCUACAGCUUGCAUUUAUAUCAAUGGAGCCCACUCAUGUCAAGAAGCAUUCGCAGGGCCCAUUAUUUCUUAUGGCCCUUAAGAUAUCUCCUAUUAUUUCCAAAGGAAGUGCUUGCAAUUUGUCCCCUCAAGGAAACGUCAAGACGAGGCAU